AUGGUUGUAUGUGACAGGGAAUUUAAUCGAGCUUCCUUGAUCAACAUAGGUUUUUUAGAAAGUAAAUCACAAUGUGAUUAUAUAGCUAUGCAUGAUGUUGACCUUCUUCCUUUAAAUCCAGCACUGAGCUAUAGUUAUCCUGAAAAUGGAGCUUUUCAUGUUGCAGCACCCGAGUUACAUCCCUUAUAUCAUUACAAAAAGUUUGUUGGUGGCAUUCUAUUAGUGAAAGGCAGUGAUUUUGAAAAGUUAAAUGGUUUAUCUAAUAAAUAUUGGGGUUGGGGUCUUGAAGAUGAUGAGUUUUUUGUUCGUAUGAAGAAACUUGGCAUUAUGAUCACACGACCAGUUGGAAUAACAACAGGUAAUCAGACAUUUAAACAUGUACAUGACAGACGUCGAACCAGAGAUAAAAGUAGAUUCUUUGAUCAAAAAGAGAAAACAAGACGAUUAGAUAAAAUAACAGGAGUGAAUUCUGUUGAUUAUACAGUGGAUAGUAAACAUGAAUUAACUAUUGAUGAUGGCUAUGUAACAGUUAUAAAUGUCAAGUUAAAAUGUGAUUUAGACUUUACCCCAUGGUGUCUUAUGAAAGAAGAUCAUGAGGUUUAUCUAAAAUUAAAAGAAAGUCAAGCAAACAAAAACAAAAUUAAGAAAAAAUGAAAAGAUGUUAUUAAAGCUUGCAAUUAUAUCUUGUAUCAUUUAUCUUGAUUUAAAGCUGAUCAUCAUUUGCCUUUUGUAGACAAUAAUUAAUUUUUCACGGCUAAUCCACCCUGAAAUCUACUCAGAUUUAUUAUUUACUGUUUGAUUAAGAAAAGAAAAUAUCAAUGGUAUAUAUAAUUUUUCGACUUGGAUUCAAUUGUAUUUAAAAAGGCCCCAUCAAACAAUUCCAUCCGACACUUAUAUAGGUGGUGCUGGUUUGUUUAUCUUGUAGCUAUUUUGUAGCUAAUCAGAAUUAACUAUUUUUAGAUUGAUGAUAUUCCCUUUUGAGAUUCGACGUUCACAAUAUUGUUGUUUCAAAAUCCCUCAAAUGAUCGGCAGCUUUAAACAGUGAUAACUCACUACACUUAAGAAAAGGUUUUCUGAAUUUACUGUGUUCCAUGUUAAUUACGAGACUACUGUUUAGAAUGUUGUAACAAUUGUUUAGAAUUAACAAAAGACCUGUCUAGUUUAAAUGUAGCCAGGGAUAUGAAUUUAUAUAAGCUUAGACUUGCUUUCAAAUCCAUUAUAUCAGUAUUAUAUAUAUAGUGUAUAUACACAUGGAAAAGCGUCAGGUUUACAAAUGUUCAGUUUUCAUUUAAUUAGUUAAAACUAACAAUUUUUCAGUAAAUCAGUUAUAAAUUCACAGAUUUGAGUAAAUUAGUUAGAAACUAACAAUUUGUAUCACCUAUAUCGAUUGAAUGGAUGGGUGGAUUCAUCUCAGAUAAGGAUUUGUAGACCUGAAAUUCAAC